GUUGGAGUCACCAAGUCUGGAGUGGAUGCAGCCCAGGAUCCCCUUGGCUUUCUGACACACCUUUUUAAAGGCUGGUGUCUGGAAAUGAGCUGGCUCAGUAGAUGGCACUCUGUCCUUCGGUUUGGCACUUUCGUCGCCAGUAAAGCACCAAAGCUCCGUAAUUAUUGGAUCCUUCUGUGGAACGAAGCUCCAGCUCGGCGUGCAGGAGCGCAGGCAGCACAGCCGUGGGUAGAUGUGCCUGCCCGUGAGGGCGCUUCCCCCGGCUCCGCGCCUCCCCUCGGCCCGUCCAGCUUCUCCUUACCGCAGGUUUGGUGGAUUUGGUGUGCCCGGGGCGGGGCGGGGCGGUGUCCCGGGCGGGGCGGUGCGGGCCGGGCCGGGCCGGCCGCACUUAUUGCGGCGAGCGGCGGCGCGGAGCGUUACCGGCCGGCCGCCAUGGGGCGGUACUCGGGCAAGACGUGCCGCCUCAUCUUCAUGCUGGUGCUCACCGUCGGCUUCUUCGUGGCCGAGCUGGUGUCCGGAUACCUGGGCAACUCCAUCGCGCUGGUGUCCGACUCCUUCAACAUGCUCUCGGACCUCAUCUCCCUCUGCGUGGGGCUCUCCACCGGCCGCAUCGCCCGCCGCAGCCGCCGCGGUCCCCGCGCCACCUACGGCUACAGCCGCGCCGAGGCGGUGGGAGCGCUCAGCAACGCCGUCUUCCUCACCGCCCUCUGCUUCACCAUCCUCGUGGACUCCGUCCUCCGCCUCGCCCGGCCCGAGCCCAUCGACGACGCCCAGCUGGUGCUCAUCGUCGGCACCCUCGGCCUCGCCGUCAACGUCGUGGGGCUCCUCGUCUUCCAGGACUGGGGCGCCUGCUGCCGUAGGCGAUGCCCGUCCCCGCCUCCGCCCGCGGCCGCCGCGCUGCGGGACGUGCCCGGUGGCAUCCCGAACGGCGAGGAAGAUGUAGCAGGUGAUUCACCAAAUGACCAAAAGAGCCCUGAAGAGGGGUUUGAGCAGAAAAAAGAGAAAAAGUCUGAAGCUUUGAACAUCAGAGGUGUUCUUUUGCAUGUUAUGGGAGAUGCACUUGGAUCUGUGGUCGUGGUAGUUACUGCUACAAUCUUCUAUGUACGUCCUCUGGGGGAUGCUCCGUGUAAUUGGCAGUGCUACAUUGAUCCAAGUCUGACAGUAGUUAUGGUGUUCAUCAUCUUGUCUUCGGCAUUCCCACUUAUAAAGGAGACCUCAACUAUUUUGUUGCAGAUGGUCCCCAAAGGUGUUGAUAUGCAACUACUGACUGGCAGACUAGCUCGUGUACCAGGGGUGAGCAGCCUCCAUGAGGUGCACGUCUGGGAGCUUGCAAGUGGGAGGAACAUCGCCACUCUUCAUAUCAAGUGCCAAACCCCUUCUGAUUACCAAGGUGCUGCUUACCAAAUACGGAAGGUUUUCCACGAGGCAGGAAUCCAUUCUGUGACCAUCCAGCCCGAGUAUGCUGACCACAAGACCUCACAUCUGCUGUGCAGCUCAGCCUGCAUCUCAAAAGCCUGUGACUCUCAUCUGUGCUGCAGCCAGAGGGAGCCCCCCCGGCCUGAAACGAAUGGCUACGUGGAGAAAAGUGAAAGCUCCCUUUCUGCACAGCACACAGACAAUGGUUCGAGGAAAAGUGACGUUGAAAUCCUCAUGGAGGACCCAGUGACAGAGGAGAGCGUGAAAAAUGUGAAAAAUUGUGACGUGUCUGAUGGCAAAUCACAGUCUGGUAGUACACGAUUUUAGGCAACUCGCUCUGCUUUGUGUCGUGUUUUCUCAUGGAGCAAACAUAUCCUGGCUGGGAAGGGGGGCAUUGGUGGUUGUAGCUGAAGUUGGUGUGGCAAAAAGAUUUCUGUGCUUUAGCUGUAAACCAAAAUACGCCUAAGACCCCCUUGUACCUGAAAUAAGGAUUAAGAUUUCCACCAAGGCUGUUGCAUUUGUGUGAUUUUUGUGAUGCAGCCGUACCCAGUUCUUUACCAAACUAAGGCUGAAUUCCUACUGUUAGAGUGGGUGGGGUAUGUCGCUCUCUGUCUGCACUGAUGUUUGCAGUUCAUGGCCAGUAGCACUGGGAAAA